AUGUCUCCCAAUUUCAGCUCCUCGUGUUAUGUCCUGCGGACUACGAUGAGUUACAUCAAAAUCGCUGUUGUUUUACUGGCCAUCCACUGUGUAACACCUGGACCAUUACGACAAACCAGGCAGACCCAUCCUGCACAAUAUGUUAGAAACGAUGAUCAAGAGCACCACGUUCCGUCAACAUUAGACGCCAUACUAUCGGCUAAGGCGAUCCACCAUGAAACGACCACAGUACAUGGACGAUCUCUCGGCAAAGCGGUGGAUGUCCGCCUGCGUCAUGGAGCCUUCACUUCCACGAGGAGUCGCCGUCUUCCCAAAGUGAGCGAGAAACUGGCAGAAAAUGCAAGAGCGCGGCGAGCGAUACGGGCCAUCCUAAUCACCAACAAGCCAAAUGAAGUAGUAAAACAAAACUCAGACGGUCCAGCCACAACAGAUAAGAAGGAACAUGCCGUAAAUAGUGAUGCACCGGUAACUGGUACUAGCUCUUAUGUUCAAGUACACGGCAGCAGUCAGAGAAAAGGCGCUACUCGGCAGCAAAGUAGGAAUGAAGGACAAAGCAAUACUCAGGAGAGUGAAAAUGGCUAUACUGAAGAACAAGCUGUUCCCCAGAAACAAAAGAAUACACAACAGCCAGACGGAACCAAAGUACAAAGUAAAUAUACAGAAGGAGACAAGAGCACAAAUGAACGAGAAAUAACUUUUCUAACAAACAGCCGCUUUGCAGAUGACGACUCUGAAGACGGUACGUCAGAAAACUCCGGCGCCAUCACAAAUAAGCAGUUUCCUACUCCUGUGGGAAGCGGGUAUUAUCCAUAUCCUCCAGUUCAGGCCACAAAAAGCAAUGUAAUUAAUUCCCACACUGGAAAAACACAAAAUCAACAGAAUCAAGCAAACGAAGCGCAUAGUUCAGAAGAAGCCAUUCUUAUUCCUGUUGGUUUUCCUCGUUACAAUGAACACGAGUACCAAGACAAAGAUGGCAGUUCAGAAGAAGAAAGCGUCUCUGGUACAAGAGAUCACGCUUCAGUUGGUCAUCCGGUCAAGAGUCAAGCUAAAGACAAACGGCAGAACGGAGGCAACAGUUCAGAAGAAGACAGUAUCACAAGUACAGGAAAUCGCACUGCAGUUGGUCAUUCUGGUCACAAUCAAGGUGAACACAACCAACCCAACGGAGAUGGCAGUCCAAAAGAAAACCACCCCAUUCGCACGGGCGAUCAUACUCCAGCUGGCCAGCGUAAUCACAAUCAGAGUGAACACAACCAGCACAACGGAGAUGGGAGUUCAGAAGAAGACGGUGUCAAAGGUACAGAAAAUCACACUCCACCUGGUCAUCCUAAUGACAAUCAAGGUGAACAAAAGCGACACAACGGAGAUACCGUUUCAAAAGAAGAACGUGUCACAGGUACAGGAGACCACACUCCAGUAAGCCAACGUAAUGACAAUCAAGGUGAACACAAUCAACACAUCGGACAUGGCAGUUCAGAAGGAGAUGGCGUAACUGGUACAGGAGACCACACUCCAGCCGGUCAUUCUGGUGACAAUCAAGGUGAAGUCAAUCAACACAACAGAGAUGGCGGCCCAGAAAGAGAAGGCGUCACAGGUACGGGAGAUCACAUUUUAGCAGGUCGCCCUGAUGACAGUCAAGGUAAGCACAACCAACAGAACGGAGAUAGCAGUUUAGAAAAAGACCUUGUCACAGGUACAGAAAACCAUUCUUCAGUAAGCCAACGUAAAGACAAACAAGCUGAACACAAUCAACACAAGGGAGAUGGCAGUUCAGAAGAAGAAGGUGUCACAAGUACAAGAGACCACACUUCAGAAAGCCAACGCAAUGGCAAUCAAGCUGAACACAAUGAACACAACGGAAAUGGCGGUCCAGAAGGAGAUGGCGUCACUGGUCCUGGAGAUCACAUUCUAGCUGGUCAUCCUGAUGACAGUCAAGGUGAACACAACCGACACAACGGAGAUAGCAGUUCAGAAGAAGACGUCGCAGGUACAGGAGACCACACUUCAGUAAGCCAUCCUGAUGACAAUCAAGGUGAAGUCAAUCAACACAACAGAGAUGGCGGUCCAGACAGAGAAGGCGUCACUGGUACGGGAAAUCACAUUUCAGCUGGUCAUCCUGAGGACAAUCAAGGUGAACACAACCAACAGAACAGAGAUAGCAGUUUAGAAAAACUGCUUGUAACAGGUACAGGAGACCAUUCUUCAGUAAGCCAACACAAUCAACACAAGGUAGAUGACAGUUCAGAAAAAGAAGGUGUCACAGUUACAGGAGACUACACUCCAGAAAGCCAUCCUGCUGACAAUCAAAGUGAAGACAUCCAACACAAUGGGGAUGGCGGUCCAGAAGGAGACGGCGUCUCUGGUUCAGGAGACUACACUCCAGCCGGUCAUUCUGGUGACAAUCAAGGUGAACACAUUCAACACAACCGAGAUGGCGGUCCAGAAGGAGAUGGCGGUCCAGAAGGAGAUGGCAUCACUGGUACAGGAGAUCACAUUCUAGCUGGUCAUCCUGAUGCCAAUCAAGGUGAACACAACCGACACAACAAAGACAGCAAUUCAGAAGAACACGGUAUCACAGAAUCGGGUACAGAGAAUCACACUCCACCAGGUCAUCUUAUUGACAAUCAAGGGGAAGGCAAACAACCCAACGAAGAUGGAAUUUCAAAAGAAGAAGGUGUCACAGGUACAGGAGACCACACUACAGUAAGCCAUCCUAAUGACAAUCAAGGUGAACACAAUCAACACAACGGAGAUGGCAGUUUAGAAGAAGACGAUGUCACUGGUACAGGAGACCACACUCUAGCCGGUCAUUCUGGUGACAAUCAAGAUGAACACAUUCAACACAACGGAGAUGGCAGUUCAGAAGAAGAAGAUGUCAAAAGUACAGGAGAGCACACUCCAGUUGGUCUUCCUAAUUACAAUGAAAGUGAGGACAUCCAACAGAACGGAGAGGACAGUUCAGACGAAGACCAUGUCAGGAGUACAGGAAAUCACACUCCAACCGGUCAUUCUGGUGACAAUCAAGGUGAACACAACCAACAGAACAGAGAUGGCAGUUCAGAAGGAGAUGGCGUAAUUGGUACAAUGCAUCACAUUCCAGUAAGUCAUUCUAGUGACAAUCAAGGUGAACACAACCAACAGAACGGAGAUGACAGUUCAGAAGAAGACGGUGUCACUGCUAAAGGGGAUCACACUCCAGCUGGUCAUUCUAGUGACAAUCAAGGUGAACACAACCAUCAGAACGGAGAUGACAGUUCAGAAGAAGGCGUCACUGGUAGAGAUCACACUCCUGUUGGUCAUCCUAAUGAUAAUCAAGGUGAACACAACCAACAGAAUGGAGAUGGCCGCUCAGACGAAGACAGUAUCGCAGAUACAGGAGACCACACUCUAAUUGGUCAUCCUAAUGACAAUCAAAGUAAACACGACCAAGAGAAUGCAGAUGGCAAUUCAGAAGAAAACAGUGUCACAGGUACAGGAGACCACACUCCUGUUGGUCAUCCUAAUGAUAAUCAAGGUGAACACAACCAACAGGAUGGAGAUGGCCGCUCAGAAGAAAACAGUAUCACAGAUACAGGAGACCACACUCCUGUUGGUCAUCCUAAUGAUUUUCAAGGUGAACACAACCAACAGGAUGGAGAUGGCCGCUCAGAAGAAGACAGUAUCGCAGAUACAGGAGACCACACUCUAAUUAGUCAUCCUAAUGACAAUCAAAGUAAACAUAAUCAAGAGAAUGCAGAAAGCAAUUCAGAAGAAAACAGUGUCACAGGUACAGGAGACCACACUCCUGUUGGUCAUCGUAAUGACAAUCCAGGUGAACACAACCAACAGAAUGGAGAUGGCAGCUCAAACGAAGACAGUAUCGCAGAUACAGGAGACCACACUCUAAUUGGUCAUCCUAAUGACAAUCAAAGUAAACACGACCAAGAGAAUGCAGAUGGCGAUUCAGAAGAAAACAGUGUCACAGGUACAGGAGACCACACUCCUGUUGGUCAUCGUAAUGACAAUCAAGGUGAACACAACCAACAGAAUGGAGAUGGCCGCUCAGAAGACAGUAUCGCAGAUACAGGAGACCACACUCUAAUUGGUCAUCCUAAUGACAAUCAAAGUAAACAUAUUCAAGAGAAUGCAGAUAGCAAUUCAGGAGAAAACAGUGUCAUAGGUACAGGAGACCACACUCCUGUUGGUCAUCGUAAUGACGAUCCAGGUGAACACAACCAACAGAAUGGAGAGGACAGUUCAGAAGAAGGCGUCACUGGUAGAGAUCACACUCCGGCUGGUCAUCCUAAUGAUAAUCAAGGUGAACACAACCAAGAGAAUGCAGAUGGCAAUUCAGAAGAAAACAGUGUCACUGGUACAGGAGACCACACUCCUGUUGGUCAUCCUAAUGAUAAUCAAGGUGAACACAACCAACAGAAUGGAGAUGGCCGCUCAGAAGACAGUAUCGCAGAUACAGGAGACCACACUCUAAUUGGUCAUCCUAAUGACAAUCAAAGUAAACACGACCAAGAGAAUGCAGAUGGCAAUUCAGAAGAAAACAGUGUCACAGGUACAGGAGACCACACUCCUGUUGGUCAUCCUAAUGAUAAUCAAGGUGAACACAACCAACAGGAUGGAGAUGGCCGCUCAGAAGAAGACAGUAUCGCAGAUACAGGAGACCACACUCUAAUUAGUCAUCCUAAUGACAAUCAAAGUAAACAUAUUCAAGAGAAUGCAGAUAGCAAUUCAGAAGAAAACAGUGUCACAGGUACAGGAGACCACACUCCUGUUGGUCAUCGUAAUGACAAUCCAGGUGAACACAACCAACAGAAUGGAGAGGACAGUUCAGAAGAAGGUGUGAGAGGUACAGGUGAUCACACUCCAGCUGGUCAUUCUAGUGACAAUCAAGAUGAACACAACCAUCAGAACGGAGAUGACAGUUCAGAAGAAGGUGUCACUGGUAGAGAUCACACUCCGGUUGGUCAUCCUAAUGAUAAUCAAGGUGAACACAAACAACCGGAUGGAGACGGCCGCUCAGAAGAAGACAGUAUCGCAGAUACAGGAGACCACACUCUAAUUAGUCAUCCUAAUGACAAUCAAAGUAAACAUAAUCAAGAGAAUGCAGAUAGCAAUUCAGGAGAAAACAGUGUCACAGGUACAGGAGACCACACUCCUGUUGGUCAUCGUAAUGACAAUCCAGGUGAACACAACCAACAGAAUGGAGAGGACAGUUCAGAAGGUGUCAGAGGUACAGGUGAUCACACUCCAGCUGGUCAUUCUAGUGACAAUCAAGAUGAACACAACCAACAGAGCGGGGAUGACGGUACAGAAGACGGUGUCAAAGGUACAAGAGAUUACACUCCAGCUGGUGAUCCUAUUGCCAAUGAAGGCGAACACAACCGACAAAACGGAGAGGGGAGUUCAGAAGAAGACGGUGUCACAGGUUCAGAAAAUCACACUCCAGUUGGUGAUCCUAAUGACAAUCAAGGCGAACACAACCGACACAACGGAAAGGACAGUUCAGAAGACAACGUCACUGGUAGAGGAGAUCACACGCCAGCUGGUGACCCUAAUGACAAUCAAGGUGAACACAGCCAACACAACGGAGAGGAGAGUUCAAAAGAAAACAGCGUCACUGGUACAGGAGAUCACAUUCCAGUUAGUCAUCCUAAGAACAGUAAAGGUGAACACAACCCACACAACGGAGAGAACAGUUCAGAAGACAACGUCACUGGUAGAGGAGAUCACACGCCAGCUGGUGACCCUAAUGACAAUCAAGGUGAACACAGCCAACACAACGGAGAGGAGAGUUCAAAAGAAAACAGCGUCACUGGUACAGGAGAUAACAUUCCAGUUAGUCAUCCUAAGAACAGUAAAGGUGAACACAACCAACACAACGGAGAGAACAGUUCAGGAGAAGACAGCGUCAUUGGUAUAGGAGAUCACACUCCAGUUGGUCAUCCUACUGAUUAUCAAAGUGAACACAGCCAAAACAACGCAGAUGGCAGUUCAGAAGAAGACAACGUCACUAGUACAGGAGAUCACAUUCCGGCUAGUGAUCCCAAUGACAAUCAAGUUGGACACAACCGAGAGAACGAAGAUAAGGAAUCGGGCGAAAAUAUGGAAAACAACAACACGAAAAACAAAGAUGAAAGCACAAAUGAACCAUCUUCCUCGGUAAAAGGAGACAACAUCAAUAAUGAUUCUGCAGAAAAUGACGAAGACGGAAAUGAAAAGGACAGCAAUGAGGGAUCUCGUGUAAAUACGGAAGAAGAUAACCCAAAGCCUGCCGACAUGAAUGGAGAAAAUGUAACUCAUGGCAAGAAGGAUUCUGUUGAAAGGAAAGAAGAGAGAAACUCCAGCGAAGAAACUUCUUCAGGAAAUGGAAGUGGUGUCGAGAAGGAGACUGAAGGUAACGAACACAACUCAAAACCUACUGACACACACGCUGAAACAUCAUUAGAAAAUGGAAGGGGUGGCAAAAAAGAUUCUGCAGAGAGUAAGAAACAGAUAAACUCAAUACCCACUGGCACAAGCGGCGAGACUUCUUUAGAAAAUGGAAGUGGUGUCGAGAAGGAUUCUGCUGAAAGUAAGGAAAACAACUCAAAACACACUGACACAAGCGGGGAGACUUCUUCAGAAAAUGAAAGUGAUGGCAAAAAGGGUUCUGCUGAAAGUGGUGUCAAGGCAGGCUCAGCUGAAAGUAAGGAACGUGACUCAAAACCUAAUGACUCAAGCGGAGAGACUUCUUCAGAAAAUGAGAGUGGUGGCAAGAAGGAUUCUGCUGAAAGUGAUGUCAAGAAAGAGUCAGUUGAAGGCAAUGAACGUGACUCAAAACCUACAGACACAAGCGGAGAAACUUCUUUAGCAAAUCCAGAUGGUGGCAAUAAAGAUUCUAGUGAAAGUGGUGCCAAGGGUUCUGCUGAAAAUGAAGAACAUAACUCAAAACCUACAGACACACAAGGAGAAACUUCCUCAGAAAAUGGAAGUGGAGGAAUCAAGGACUCUGCUGAAAGGAAGGAGGAGAGAAACUCAAAACAUUCUGGUAUAAGCAGAGAAACUUCAUUAGAAAAUGGAAUUGGUGUAGAGAAGGAUUCUGCUGAAAGUAAGGAUCACAACUCAAAACUUAAUGACACAAGCGGAGAGACUUCUUCGGAAAAUGCAAGUGGUGGCAAGAAAGAUUCUGCUGAAAGUGGUGUCAAGGAAGGCUCAGCUGAAAGUCAGGAACGUGAUUCAAAACUUAAUGACUCAAGCGGAGAGACUUCUUCAGAAAAUGAGAGUGGUGGCAAGGAGGAUUCUGCUGAAAGUGGUGUCAAGGAAGGCUCAGCUGAAAGUAAGGAACGUGACUCAAAACUUAAUGACUCAAGCGGAGAGACUUCUUCAGAAAACGAGAGUGGUGGCAAGAAGGAUUCUGCUGAAAGUGGUGUCAAGGAAGGCUCAGCUGAAAAAAACGAGAGUGGUGGCAAGAAGGAUUCUGCUGAAAGUGGUGUCAAGGAAGGCUUAGCUGAAAGUAAGGAACGUGACUCAAAACUUAAUGACUCAAGCGGAAAGACUUCUUCAGAAAACGAGAGUGGUGGCAAGGAGGAUUCUGCUGAAAGUGGUGUGAAGGAAGGCUCAGCUGAAAGUAAGGAACGUGACUCAAAACCUAAUGACUUAAGUGGAGAGACUUCUUCAGAAAAUGAGAGUGGUGGCAAGAAGGAUUCUGCUGAAAGUGGUGUCAAGGAAGGCUCAGCUGAAAGUAAGGAACGUGACUCAAAACUUAAUGACUCAAGCGGAGAGACUUCUUCAGAAAACGAGAGUGGUGGCAAGGAGGAUUCUGCUGAAAGUGGUGUCAAGGAAGGCUCAGCUGAAAGUAAGGAACGUGACACAAAACCUAAUGACUCAAGCGGAGAGACUUCGUCAGAAAAUGAAAGUGGUGGCAAGAAGGAUUCUGCUGAAAGUGGGGUCAAGGACUCAGCUGAAAGUAAAGAACGUAACUCAAAACCUAAUGACUCACACGGUGAAACUUCUUCUGAAAGUAAGCAAGAUGAUAACUCACAAUCUAGGGACACAAACUCAAGUGGAGAAGAACACAAUGAGAAUUUUGGUGAAAAUGAGGGAAACCAUAAAGAUGUGGACGAAGGUGUUCAUAAGCCGGACUGUCCAAGCAAUGAAACCCCGUAUACCCAUGACAGCAGUAUAUUAAGUCCCGUAGAUGGAACAUUAACAAACUCCAAAAAUCAAAUCAACAUCUUCCUAAAUUUUGAUAGCAGUAGUUUGGCGAAAAAAAUGCAUUUGAACAACCCUGGUAUUAUGAACCCCAACGGCUUGUCAGAAAAAGUUGUUGACAGGUCAGAAACCUUCUCAGGCAGUGAAAUGAAUUCUGGAAGUCAAGUGUCGGGUUUCAGGGAAAGAGCAGGUGUAGUCAGUAUUAACACGGUUAUAAAUAUUGGGUCGCACUUUGACAAUAAAGGUGUGAUGAGCCGGAGGCAGACAAAGCCACACGUCGCCAGUUCCAUGGGUCAUAUUUAUGACAGUCCAGUUAAGAUCGUAGAUCGACCUAUUGCGUUAACAAAUCCUUCAUCUGACACAAACAAUAUUCAACCACACGAUGCAAUGAUGGAUGGGCAACAACCCGUAAACAACACCAUCAUUCAAAGACCUAUGGAACAUAUGCCAUAUUACGGGUAA